UUUGGGUUAUAGAAAGGGAAGGGGAGGGUGAAGGGAAGGCAUUGCUUAAAUCCAUAAUGGCGACGACGAAAUUCCUCACUUACCAAAGAUGAGGCCCCAUAAUAAGCUGACACCCGGUGGAUAUUGUUCAGUCAGAAACCCCGUUCUGUCAGAUUUCCGCUCCUAAAUCCCAGACACUUGGACCACAAGGAGAAGUUUUGGGAUUAUGGGGUUGGCCAUAUUGACCCGGGGAUCCACAUUGUGGAUAUGGCCACUUUGUUGCCAAUCGGUAACUGCCCAUGGAAGUAGCUUAGGAUUGUAGGGUGCCGUGGGAUCACCAAAGGCCUACUCCACCUUGCUCACGAACAACAUCAUGGCGUGGAUGGUGCGGCAUGGCCGCGCCAGGCAAGCAACUAUACAGGUGGAAUACUGCGCAAUUAUACCUAGCAAUGUAAGUAAGGCGCAUUUUAGAGGGUUUAAAUACCUCAAUAUUUCGAACCCUGCCUUGAUGUGAAAAGGUAAAGUGAGCAGCAAGUCGCCCGUGGUGGUGAUUGGCUUCGCCUCGAAUCCUCCCAUCGUCACAAACUACAGGGGUGACACAAUCAUCAGCUCAGCCUCAAACCAGGCGGCGCAUAAGAACUUCACUCCCAUCGUCGCGAAAGAAAUAAACCUCAUCUCAAACAAAAUCAACGAUGGGGAAAGUUACAGUGCACAACAGUGCCAACCUCACAUCCGCCAAAUGCCUGCGGGCGGGCUUCCUCUCCUCGGGCCCCAGCGAGGUCGUCGUCUUCGCCCUCUUUGUCAGCGUAAUCGCGAUCAUACCGCUGACUAUCUUCCUACGGGAGACCGCCAGACCCUCUCCGAAAAAGAAAGAGGCCCCAGUUGCCGCCGCGACAGAAACCACAGAGCCAGAGAGCGGUGAAUCUGAGAAUGCACCGCCACCAUAUGCACCGCCUGCCCCGUCCCCGCCGGCCACUGAACCAGAGUCGAAUAAGGCGGCAGUCGACUUUCCGAACCCCAAAGACACGGCUCCUGCAUUCGUGCGCGGAACGAUCAUCUUAGCUCUUCUGGUGUUGGCGCUCGUCACGAUCGGCUUCGGCUUCCAAUACCUGAACUACUGUCCCGAGGUAGACCCAGAGGCGCCGCUCGGCACUUGGAGUAUUAUCGGGUGGUGCUUCUUUGUGUUGCUCGUUUUGUUCGCGAGCUCGGCGCUAGUGUCAUGGGGCUUGCUCUGCUGGUAUGUUUGUGGCGGGAAGAAGCAAGAUUUUAUGCUUGAUAUUAUGUCACUCAGUGUUUUUGUCGGGGUGGGCUUGCCAUUCUAUGCGCUCUACAUGGGGGCGGUUGAGCUGGUACGGGGGUGCCAGAAGUGGUUUUGCGGGGUGACGUUUGAGGAGGAGGAGCAGGAUGGUGUUGUUGAAGCGGUUGAGACUGAUGUGGAAAUGCAACGACUUAUGAAAGGCGAUAACGAUGGUGAUGACUAUGACGAAGAAGUGGUGGUAGCGGGACGGAGUUGAUUCUCCACAGCCGCAUAAAGCUCUUAAUUGCCAGCAAUAUAUUCAAGUUAAAAUUUUCUAUAUACGAU